AUGCCAGAAUGUAUCCUGAGCUCUGAGAGGAGCACACGGUGCUCAGAGCCCAAGAAGAAAGCUGCGGAUAGUAAGAAAAGGGUGAAUACUGGGACAGGAGCUACAAUGGAAGGACAAGUAAUGAGUAAAUGCCCUGCUGGUGGUGGGCACAGAGACUCAGAUACAGAGGAUAUGACAGAUAGGGCUAACACAGAGGACUUGAUCUCAGAACCUACCAAGGAGGUCUUCGUACUUCUGGCGAAGGAUGAAUCGGGGUUAUCGUGUGAUGUGAGCAGCGCGAUCGCUGAUAGCAGGGACAAAGAGAAGGAAAAGAAACAGCCUUCUGUAAAAAUAAUAGUGGAGGAGGAUACGACUUCUGCCGCUAGUGUGGAUAAACCUCAAGACCUUCCAAUGUUGCCUACUGACCCACAGAGGAACGUUUAUUCUGCUGUGGAUGAUCUGAGGCUCAGUGAAGACAGACUUCAUAGCGGAAAGAAACAGCAGGAAUCACAGACAGGCUCAUCUUUGGGCACCGAAACAAGCAAAACACAAGUAACAUGGGAUGAGGAAACAAGCAGCACUGUAAACACUUAUUGUGUUCUUUCCGGUAAAGGUAGCAGUGGUUGCCAGGCACAAACCUCACGUUCACAAACAGACUGUUCGGAAAGAGCAGAUCCACAUUUGGCUGAACCGGCAGGCAUCGGGUGUCCCCCAAAGAAGGCUGAACGAACUGAGGGCGUCAAAGCUAUUUCGGAGAAUGAGUCUGGAAUUACUGCAGUUUGUGAUCUCAAAACGGGCAUUCAAGGCAACGAACCAGACCUCUUGAGUAUUGAAUCAACUCGUGCCAAUUCCAAGUCAACUGAUAUAAAUAAUACAUUAUAUGAUGAUAUAGACUGCACUCAUGAGGAUUUGGUCCAAUUGAAUAUAGAGGAAGAGCUUGAUGAGAAAACAGAAGCAUUAAUUGCGCUCAACACAAAAAUGAAGCCGGACAAACGCUGGGAAAAGACAAAUCCAGUUAAGAGUGGUUCACAAACUGAGAAAGAGCAGGCCACAGCCCCAGAUGAGCAUCCACAGGUGAAAGACACACAGAAAAGGGAAGUAAAAAGAGACUGUGUCACAGACAACAGGAUUGGGCCAUGUGAGUCAAACCAGUGUGAACCUGAACUACACAUGUCAUCUUCAACAGGUGUCCCAGGAAAUCUAAAACAACCACAUCCUCCUAAGCCUCCACCAAGGCCAAACGCCAAAGGUACAGACAAAAGACAAAAAAUAAAAUCUAUUCAUUCACAGUUUGAUAAUGUAGAGAGCAAUGAUGGAAGUGUCUCCUUACAACAGCAGACUACAACUUAUACUGGAAAAGCAAAACCAGUAUCCUCUUCCCCUGACACAUGCACCUCCAUCACCAACCAUCAACAUUUAGCUGAUGACUCAUUAGAACAAUGCAAUGUGAUUCCCUCCCCUCCUCUCUCUGUGCCAAAGCUAGAGGAUAGUGAUGGGCAGAGACAGGUUGUUCCCAUGCAGAGGGAGAGAGAACCUGUCUGUUACACUCAUGUCACCACCCCAUCACCCAUCACUCACCUUCUGCCUGAGAGGGAGAUGGCGAGCGCAGUGCCAACACAACAUAACAACAGUAUGGAUUUCACCCACACAGAGGACAGAACAACACGUGCCUCUAUAGAUCCAUCUGUUCCAGUAGAGAGGCCUAAACCGAAGGGGCCUCCUCCACCUGUCCCAAAAAAGCCCCAAAAUCCCUUUAAGAUUCCAGCUACAAAAACAAGCUCUAUGGAUGAACAGAAAAGAGGUGAUGAUUAUCAUCACAAAGAGGAAAAGAAGAAGAGGAGACAACCACAUCAAGUCAGCAAAGGAAGUACUUGCGACACAGCUUCUCGGGAUAUGUGUGUGUUAUGGGAUGACACAGGUUCUUCUUACACUGUACCAUCCAACAUGUACACACCAGAUAAUUUUGAUUCAUUGGAUGAUUUUUCACAACAACAAAGGGCACCAACUAGAGAGGAAAAGUAUAGAAAUAUCAUAGAUUUUGAUGCUUGGGCAAGAAUGGUGAAACUUGCUGCGGAAGAGGAGAAACCAAAACAACUUGACAUGUUGGACGGACGACCUUUUUUGGAAAAGCAGGCUAAACUCAAAGGCCCACCACCUCCUGUACCCAAAAAGCCCCAAAAGCCAUUUGUUCCAUUAGAAACAGUUCCAAUCUCAGAGGACAUAGCUUGGCCUUCAGAUGACGAGGAGAUACGAGAACUAGAGCUGGCCUUGUGUGAGAGAAUGGAAGAGGAAGAUGAUGACCCUGAACCCCAACCUGACACGGUCAGCACAGAUGUCCGUUGGAAGAACCUUGGUGACCACAGAAUCCAUAGUGGUCUUGGUGAGCCUACUGAUCGUGAGUCUGUGGCUGAGCUUGAAACUGAAACAUACAGGCCUGUGGCUGAGCUCAUAAAGGAGACCAACCAGAUGCACCAGAGAAUCAGGCAUGCAGACCAGACAGAACCCCUCAUGGCCAAGUCCAUGAUCAGGCAUGCAGACCAGACAGAACCCCUCAUGGCCAAGUCCAUGAUCAGGCCUGCAGACCAGACAGAACGCUUCAUGGCCAAGUCCAUGAUCAGGCACGCAGAGCGGACAGAACCUCUCAUGGCCAAGUCCAUUGACGGGGCUGUGGACCUGGGCCAGAGCCUGAAAGUAUCACAGAUGAAGAAGGCCUUCGAUUUCACUAAGAAGCCUGCUGAAAAACCACCAGAGACAAAGCCUGAACCCAAAAAAGAUAUGUUCAGGCGAGUGGUGCGAGCGAGUAAGUUCCGUCAUGUCUUUGGCCAGGCGCUGAAGAACGACCAGUGCUAUGAUGACAUCCGCGUCUCCCGGGUCACAUGGGACAGCUCCUUCUGUGCCGUCAACCCAAAAUUCGUCGCCAUCAUCAUCGAGGCCAGUGGGGGCGGAGCCUUCCUUGUCCUCCCUCUGCUAAAGACUGGUCGCAUAGACAAGGCCUACCCAACAGUAUGUGGUCAUACGGGUCCUGUCCUGGACAUCGACUGGUGCCCUCACAAUGACCAUGUCAUCGCCAGCGGCUCAGAGGACUGCACAGUCAUGGUGUGGCAGAUCCCAGAGAAUGGGCUGGUCACCCCGCUGGCUGAGCCUGUGGUGGUGUUGGAGGGACACUCCAAGAGGGUGGGCAUCGUCACUUGGCACCCCACGGCCCGGAACGUCCUCAUGAGUGCAGGCUGUGACAACCUGAUCAUCAUCUGGAACGUGGGGACGGGCGAGGCCAUGAUCCAGCUGGAGGACAUGCACCCUGACGUCAUCUUCAGCGCCUGCUGGAGUCGCAAUGGAGCCCUCAUCUGCACCGCCUGCAAGGACAAGAAUAUCCGUGUCAUUGACCCCCGCAAGGAGAAGAUCGUGGCUGAAAAGGACAAGGCCCACGAUGGAGCACGGCCCAUGAGAGCCAUCUUCCUGGCUGACGGAAACAUCUUCACCACCGGCUUCAGCCGCAUGAGCGAGCGACAGCUAGCCCUCUGGAACCCCAAAAGCAUGGAGGAGCCAAUAUCAGUCCACGAGCUGGACACCAGUAAUGGAGUGUUGCUGCCCUUCUAUGAUGCAGACACCAAUAUAGUGUACCUGUGUGGGAAGGGUGACAGUAGCAUCCGGUACUUUGAGAUAACAGACGAGGCUCCAUUCGUGCACUACCUCAACACCUUCUCCAGCAAGGAGCCCCAGCGAGGUAUGGGCUACAUGCCCAAACGAGGACUGGACGUCAACAAGUGCGAGAUUGCCAGGUUUUAUAAACUACAUGAGAGAAAAUGUGAGCCAAUCAUUAUGACAGUCCCCCGAAAGUCGGACCUGUUCCAGGAUGACCUGUACCCGGACACAGCAGGACCAGAUUGUGCCAUCGAGGCGGAGGACUGGUUUGAUGGGAAGAACGGCGAGCCCAUCCUGAUCUCCCUGAAAAACGGCUAUGUCCCCGGCAAGAACCGCGACCUCAAGGUGGUCAAGAAGUCUAAUGUCUUGGAGGGCAAGCCAGCCAAGAAAGCAGCAAACACCUCGCCUGCCGAGAGCAAGGCCUCUCCACAUCCAUCUAUACAAAAUGAAGGGAAACUGGAGGAGCUGCUGCGAGAGGUCAAGUCGCUCAGGGACCUCGUCACCCUACAGGACCGUCGAAUUGCCAAACUGGAGGACCAGAUGUCCAAGGUCGCCAUCUAAGACUCAGCCCCCGCUCAGGACCAUUCAUUGAUUAGGAGAUAAUCGAGUGAGAAAAUCGGCUUCGUCAUUCCGCUUGGAAUCUUCCCAGCGACGAUCCCAAGCACACAUUCCAAGAUGAACUUUGUUUUUUAUCAUGUCUACCCCUCACACUUACCUCUAAAAUACUUAGAGAAACAACUGUUGCAAUUCAUAGUCCACCUUUUUACUGGGGAUGAAACGCAUUUGAAUAACUGCCAUUUUUUGGUUGAUUGAAAAGUCUUACCAUUUUGUUAUUGUUUUAAAUUGUGGUCAAGAACAUUCUGAUGGGAAGUUUGUACUUACUGCAAUACUCUCAACAAUCGUAUGUAGCCACCAGUAUUGCCAUAUUCCCUUGAUUUUUGUGCUGCCAAAAAAAUGUUUGUGUGGGUGUGGGUUUUCAUUUAUUUAGUCUUUUCUCCUGUUUUGCAUUCCAGUUACAGACUAUAAGGUAAUAUAAUGAUUUAGGCAAAGAGAAGAAUUAUCUUUGAACCAACUAUAGCUGUUACACUGUUGCAAAAGAAAGAGAAAGAUAUCCAAAUUUUUCCGCCACGCCAGCUGCUCGCAUUAAGCAUCAGAUCACUGAAUGUGAAGGAAGUCUGACGAUAUUGUUAGUUCUUCUGGGUGUAGAUUUUAACUGUGGGGGUGUCGGCAGGCAGUGGCGUAAACUGCAGCUCUCGCUGGCAUAAAUGUAGUGGUGCCUCUGUCACGCUGUGGAGGGUAUUAGGGCUCAAUCUGAGGUCACCCACUCCGGUGCAUGUUGUGGCAUUGGAAAGGGACCUCUCUCAGCAUUUCUUUCACUCAACCAUCUAGUUCAUGUAGUAAGGUGCAUGCAAUAAAGAUUUUACACAUGGAAA